AUGAAUUAAAAGGAAUAAAUUAAUCCAUUUAAAGCUUAUGGAACAAAGGAAGUUUGGGAUAAAAUAAAUGAAUCUGGAAAAAACAAAGAAGUAACUAUUAUUCUUAAAGAAUUAGUAUGUGAGAUUUCCAGGAAUUGGAAUUGAAUAAACCCCAUUUUAUUAAAUGUAAAAACAACAUGCAGAAAAAAAUCAAAGUAAAAAACAGGAUUUUCUAAGCAAAUUAAAUAAAUUUGAAUAUUUCCCAUCAGGAAAUUAGAAAAAGUUAGACAUUUAAGGAAUGGUAUUGUUACAUAAUAUAAAAUCAGUUUUCUCAAAUUGAUGAUGUAAAAAAAUACUAAGCAAGAAUGGAAAGGAUAGACCCUAUUAAUAAAAAUUGUAUAUUUGUUGGAUUCAUAUUUAUUAGUAUUGUAACAUAAAUUGCACAAAGCAUUAGAAACUGCUUCUUUUUUAUGGGGUGAUUAAAUGAGACAUGAUGGUAGUUUAGGGACAUUAGAUUCAAUCAACAAUUUAUUGAAUUAAUCAUAAAAGAAGUUAGAAUAACGAAAUCAAAGUUCAUAAUUUAUAUUUACAAAGGGACAUCAUAAGGUAAGGCUUGGACACGAAAUAUGA